UCUCCAUCUUCAACAAAGCGACUAAAAGACUCCCCAUUUUCCCUCAUUUCUUCACUAAACCCUAAAACCUCCUCUCGCCGGAAUCAACGGCGGCGCGUGUGUAUGUUCGUGUUUGCCAGAGCCAUCAACCACAAGAGCCUAUUCAUCCUCCGUUCCCAUCCCCGACCAUCUCUCCAUCUCAUGGCUUUCUCUCCUUCCAGAAUCUCCACUUCUCCUUACUCUUCAGGAUCUCCCGUCGCCUCCCCUCUUUCUUCUACUAAACGCGUCGGUACUCACAAUGGAAGCUUCCAUUGCGACGAAGCUCUUGGUUGUUUCAUGAUUCGUCUCACUAACAAGUUCUAUGGUGCUGAAAUUGUUCGUUCCAGAGACCCGAAGGUGCUGGAAACACUUGAUGCUGUGCUUGAUGUUGGAGGAGUUUAUGAUCCUAGUAAUGAUAGGUAUGAUCAUCAUCAGAAAGGUUUUAGUGAGGUGUUUGGGCAUGGAUUCACCACUAAGCUUAGUAGUGCUGGUUUGGUUUAUAAGCAUUUUGGAAUGGAGAUAAUUGCUAAAGAAUUAGGGGUUGAUCAAGGACACCCAAAUGUUCUUAAACUGCAUUUGGCUGUUUACAAAAGCUUCAUGGAGGCAAUUGAUGCAAUUGACAAUGGAAUCAAUCAAUAUGACACAGAGGAGCCUCCAAGAUACACAAAUAGCACACAUUUAUCAUCAAGGGUUGGGAAAUUAAAUUUGGAUUGGAUUGAUCCUGAUCAGUCACCUGAGAAGGAGAAUGAAGCCUUUCAAAAGGCAAUGGCUUUGGCUGGUAGUGAGUUUUUGAAUAGUGUCCAGUUUUACGCUAGAUCAUGGUUGCCAGCCCGUUCCAUUGUCAUGGAGUGCCUUUCCUCAAGAUAUAAUAUUGAUCCCAGUGGAGAGAUUAUGGUGUUGAGUAGAUUUUGUCCUUGGAAGCUCCAUUUAUUUGAGAUUGAGGAGGAAUUGAAGAACAAUCCAACCAUAAAAUAUGUACUAUACCAGGACGAAAGAGGACAACAAUGGAGGGUGCAAGCGGUAGCUGUAUCACCAGAGAAAUUUGAGAGCCGAAAGCCUCUUCCAUCAAAAUGGAGGGGUUUGAGAGAUGCUGAACUGUCGAAGGAGAACGGUAUACCCGGUUGUGUUUUUGUUCAUAUGAGCGGGUUUAUUGGAGGAAAUUUAAGUUAUGACGGUGCAUUGGCUAUGGCGAAAGCUUCCCUUAAACUCGACUAACCUAUUGGCUUUUCCUUUUAGGGUGGUGAGUGGGUUAUUUGAUUUUGUUUUGAACAAUUGUACACCAUAUUUGAAUUUUAAUUUUGAAGUAGAGGUCUAUGGAUUUUGGUGUAACAUUCAUCAUAUGAUUUCCCUCUUUAACUUUAUUGUUGGAGAUUAAAUUAUGAAUCUAAGCUUCUUUCAUCUUGGAUA